AUGGUCUCCUCUAAAGACGCCGAAAUCUUCCGCGAAGAUGCCCGACUUCGAGGCACAAAGCUCACUGCCGCCGAGCGCGAAAAGCUGCUGAAGCCUUACCUGCCAGAACCGCCAUCACCAAAGAUGUCCAAAACGUCGCAAAAGACGAAAUCGAAAUCCAAACAAAAGAUUAAAUCUACACCAAUUAGGACAUUUCUCAAACAACAAUUACAUCGCCUCAUUUAUGUCAUCAUUCAUCUCUGUCUGGGAUUUUAUAUUCGCAUUUCGCAGACUAUUGCUGCCGUGACGGAUCGCGUGUUGGCUGUUACAUAUUAUCAUCACCGCUCGCCAGAGCUGAUUGCCCGGGAUGUGAAGGGUUUGAGCCGGAUGCCGGAGCAUCUAAGCGUGUUGCUAAAACUGCGCAAGAGGGAGGAAGAUGCGCUGCAGACGUUGAUGGACGAGACGGCCGAGUUGGCGGCGUGGACGACCUGCGCUGGCAUUCCGGUGUUGAGCGUUUACGAGCGGACUGGCAUCCUAAAAUCAUACAUCCCCUCCCUCCACAAAACCAUCUCCGACAAACUCGCCCUCUACUACGGCUCCCCUGCCCACCAACCUCAUCUCCGCAUCUGCGCUCCUCACCACACCUCUUACGCUCCUACCUCCCACACUAAGGGGUCAAAAUCAAAGAACAAACCUUCCCUCACAAUAUUGCUGUUGUCCCACUCCGACGGCCGCGAAACCCUAGUCGACCUCACAAAGACCCUAACCGAAAUGUCGCAAUCCGGCAAAAUAUCCGCGCACGAUAUUAGCACAAAACUGAUCGACGCCGAGAUCAGUGAGCUAACCUCUUGUCAAUCCACUUCUUCCACUUCGCCUUCCCCUCCUCCAAUUUCUGCGGCUGCUGCGUCGUCAUCAUCAUCGACACGAAACGAGUCGUACAGCAGCGACGAAACGGAAAUGCUACCAUCGACCUUAUUCACACCCAUAAAACCCGAGCCGGAUCUCCUAAUCAUUUUCGGACCUAUUGUCAAAUUAGACGGGUAUCCGCCGUGGCAGGUCCGUCUGACCGAAAUAUUCUGUACCGGCGAUAAGACGAGUAGUAUUGCAGCUGGUAGGGAAGAAGUGGCUGUAGAGUAUCAGGGGUUCCUGAGGGCGUUAUGGAGGUAUGCUCGGGCCAGUUUCAGGUUUGGUCGGUAG